AAGCAACGUGGCAGCCGGCCACUGGCUCAAGGCAGCGGCCUCCCGCCUCGGAGUGUCUGGCAAGAUCCGCUCCAUCCGCUCCGACAGCUAUUUUAAACGCUUGGCUGCGACACGGCCUUCCACCGUCGCCUCCACCGCCGCCGCCUCCGAGCCAUCUACGUCAUCCGCUCCAGGGCCUCUAGUCCUGGUUUCAGAGCCGUACUUUUCGGAGUUCGAGCAGCUGGUCCCCUGGGCGCACCUCAAGUUCUGGCGCGACUACGACGUGAUCCGCGGCUCGGUGGCCGGGGUGGGUGGAGGUGGGCGGCAGCUGGUUUCCUUCCCGCGGCGAGCGAGGCUGGUGGCGGUGGCAGCGGCGUUGCCGGAGCUGUGGCGGACACGCCGUGCCCUGGGUCGCAUUGAGGGGCUGGACUUGUCAGAGGCCAACACCGUCCUGGGAGUCGUGGGAGCAGAUGAGGUGCCCAGCGGCGGUGACGGCUCAGUCAAGGGAGGCGAUGGUAAAUCAGGAAGCGCGGCAGCUGGCAAGGACGAUGACGAUGACAUCUGGGGCGACGAUGGGGAGGACGAGGAGGAUGGUACCGGCGGCGGCAGCAGCCAGCGGCAGCCGCUGCCAAUCCUGCCGUACAGCGUAUGGCAGGCUGGAGGAGGGUAUGAGGAGCUGAGCGGCCGCCAGGAGUUGCUGAGCUUGGACUGCGGAGGGCAUUUGGACGAUGUGGAGGGCUCUGCGGUGCUGACUACGACCCAUGGGUCGGUGUGCCAUGCCGUUGUGCUGUGGAUGGAUUACGACCUCGAUGGAGGUGCGAGUGUGGAGGGCUCCUCUGGCAGCAGCAAUCUGAGCGUUAGCACCGCUCCCGCGGCGGACGGUGGCCCGGGUGCCAGCGUUCAGGGAGUGUACCUGCUGCGGAAGCCUGUGGAGCUGACCCCUGGGUCACGCCUUCACGUAUCGGCCCAGUUUGACGGCCUUGACGCGGACGUGAGCGUAGAGGUGACGAUGCUGCCUCCGUAAGCAGGAGUGAAGAUGUAAGGCAAGAGUGUGACAUCUCAGUCAGGGUGCUUAAUCUGAUUUAGGGGCUUAGGCGUGCUGGUUUAAGGUAUUGGUUGGAACUUUUAGGGAAAGGUGUUGUGACGUGUCUGGAUGCUAAAUGGUGCCGAUAUUACAGGACCUAGCUCCCUCCUUGUUGCAGGGAAUACAGAAGUGAACCCUCGGGCUGCUCCGAGCAUUCUCAUUGUCGGGGUAUCAUGAUGGUGACGACUCGCAACGCCUCUUUAUUUCACUGGAGACGUCUGAUGGUAUGAAGCAUUGCAACAACCUACG